UUGGUGUUGGGGCGGUGCCUGUAUGUGUGUAGUUGUUGAAGAUAGAAAUCUUAAAACCAGUCUGAAAAUGAACACACAGUAAAGACACGUGAAGUUUAUUAUUUAUACACAGUGGAGAGAGAGAGAGAGAGAGAGAGAGAGAGAGAGAGAGAGAGAGAGACAGUACAAGUGAGCGUCAUGUUCUCGUCCCCAAAACGGUAUAAGAACCAACGCUACGACGUCCUGAAGAAGGAAUGUCAGGAGAAUAAGAAGCUGUUUGAGGAUUCGGAGUUUCCCUGCAACAACACCUCGCUGUUCUACAGAAACCCUCUGCCUGGGAGAGUGGAGUGGAAACGGCCAGGGGAGAUCAAUGAGAACCCACAUCUUUUUGUAGAAGGCAUCAGUUCUCAUGACCUGAAUCAGGGUGAAGUGGGAAACUGCUGGUUUGUUGCAGCUUGUUCCUGUUUGGCUCUUAAACCAGAUCUAUGGCAGAAGGUGAUUCCUAACUGGAAAGAGCAGGAAUGGGAUCCCAAGCAUCCAGACCGCUAUGCAGGAAUAUUCCACUUCAAUUUCUGGAUUUUUGGGGAGUGGACAGAAGUGGUUGUAGAUGACCGUUUGCCCACCAUAAACGGCCGACUGAUUUACUGCCACUCAAAAUCCAAGAAUGAGUUCUGGAGCGCUCUGCUGGAGAAGGCAUACGCCAAAUUGUCAGGCUGUUAUGAAUCACUCAGUGGAGGGAACACAGGAGACGCUGUGGUGGAUUUCAGCGGCACUGUAAAUGAACCCAUUAGUCUGGAAGCAGGAAACUAUCGCACUGACCCCAAAGCCAAGGACAAACUGUUCUCAGACCUGCUCGAUGUGUACCAACAGGGAGGCAUCAUCAGCUGCUCCAUCGCGGCAUCUCCACACGAGCGGGAGCUGCGUUUGGCAAACGGUCUGGUCAAAGGUCACGCAUACUCUGUGACAGCAGUAAAGAAGGUACGUCUAGGACACGGCCUGACAGCCUACUUUAAGAACGAGACCAUCCCUCUCGUCCGCAUGAGGAACCCCUGGGGAAAACAUGAGUGGAUUGGAGCCUGGAGCGACAACUCAGAUGAAUGGCAGAAGAUCGGGAAUAUGGAGAGGAAAAAUCUGGGAAUCACUGUGGAGGACGAUGGAGAAUUCUGGAUGUCUUUUGAUGACUGGUGUCAGAACUUCACAGAGGCGGAUGUGUGUCGGUUGGUCAACACAUCUGUGUUUAGUGUCCAGAAGAUAUGGCAUGAGGUGGUGCAUUUUGGGAAUUGGAUAAAACACUCGGAUCCUCUGAAGAACCGGUGUGGUGGCUGCAUGAACCAUAAGCAGACAUUUCUACAGAACCCACAGUUUGUGUUGGAUAUCUCUCAGGAGGAAGAAGAGCUGCUGGUGUCACUGCAGCAGAGAGAUAUGAAGAUCCACAGAGCUCGUGGUGCAGGUGAAAACCUCACCGUCGGAUUUGCCAUCUUUAAGGUGGAGCUGAACAGGAAGUACCGCAUGCAUGACAUCAUCACCCAGCAGAACGUCGCCACGUCUACGUACAUCAACGCACGCUCUGUGUUCCUGAGGAAAGUUUUACCUAAAGGCCGUUACAUCAUCAUCCCGUCCACCUUCACACCCGACACACUGGGAGAGUUCAUGCUGCGCGUUUACACGGAUCAAGAUGCCGGGUGCAGAGAGCUGGAUCUGGAUAAACCCCAUGAGAGCUGCUGGAGUUGGCUUCGAGGUUACCCUCAGGUGGUUACUCACAUUUACAUUCAUGCAGCAGAAGGACUCGAAAAUCAAGACAGGAGUGGAGGUGCAGAUCCUUAUGUCAUCAUUUCCUGUGAGAAUAAAUCAGUUCAGUCUCUGGUUCUGAAGGACACUCGAGACCCUCUAUUCGACACUAGGGCCAUUUUUUACAGAAGGAAACCACAGAAACCAAUAAACAUCCAGGUCUGGAACAGUAACGCAGUAAAAGACCAGUUUAUGGGUCAGGUUGUUCUCCCAGCGACUCUGAAGGAUUCUGCAGACCCACAGACGCUGAAGCUGAGACGAGGAGCAUCUCUAAAGUCUGAGGAGAUGUCGGGGAGCAUCAGGCUCCGAGUCGUGACAUCCAGAGAGCUCACAGCCAUGUAGAGCUCAUUUACACUCACUCUGAGACAACACCGCAGUGCAUUGUGGGUACUCUAUAUCUGGACAGUCUGGAAUGAAGAAGAGCUUUUGGGCUUGAGACCAAACCAACGUGUCAUUUCUGUCUUUGUUUAAAUCACUAAAUCUGUUUGCUUGUUUGUAUG